GGAGGUUACAGCUGAACUUAUCCUCACCAGAAUGAAGAUGCAAAGUUUCACUGGACUCUCUCAUCUUUUAUUGAUUCUUCUGGCUCAGCUGGUACCUGCACAGACUCUCCCUCCUUUUUUGAAAUGCUGUAAUGGCUACGGACCAAACUUUUCUUCUCUAGAUAUGACUUUCAUGAAAGUGUUGAAAAAGAGCAUUUGCCAACCAAUGGAGCAGUUACUGGAUGUGGAGCAGGAGUUGGGAUCCAUCUACAAACCUUAUUGUGUUUCACUGCAGCGAUGCUCUGGUUGCUGUCCGAGUGAGGCCAUGGAGUGUCAUCCUACCCUUGAACGCAACAUCACUUUACAGGAAAAGAAAAUGUGUUCAAUCCAAACCGAGGAGAUGGUGGAACUCACAUUUGUGGAGCAUCAGGCAUGUGAAUGCAGAAUCCGUCAAAGUAAAAGCAACAGUGGGUCCAUCAAGAAAAAACCUUGGAUGAGGAAACACAAGAAGACAAAUGGCUGUGGCAAGUAA